AGGCCGAGCUGAAGCCAACCCGGAAGACCGCCGACGAGGAGCGAAAGAUGUCAACGAACGACCCACGCCUCCGGGCGCGUCUAGCAGCCUCGAAUGCCACCCCGCCUCCUCCAGCACCAGGGAUCCCCGCCAAGCCGUCGGCCGUCGUCGUCGACCACCCCGCCCUGCCCCCGUCCGUCGCCGCCGAUGGCUCGUCCUCCGCCGCUGCUGCUCCCUCCUCUGCUGCUCAGAACGGCAAGCUCGAGAACGAACGUGAUAUCAAAUUGACCUGUCGUAACUUCACCUUCUGCGUGGUUUGUGCAAGUAAUCAGAAUCGGUCGAUGGAGGGUCAUAAUGUGUUGGCUAGGGAAGCGUUUAGAGUCACCUCGGCUGGGACGGGGUCGAUGGUCCGUUUACCAGGCCCGGCUAUCGAUAAACCCAACGUUUAUUCCUUCGGGACUCCUUACGAUGACAUGUAUCAAGACUUGAAAGAGAAGGAUGAAAGGCUGUAUACGGCCAACGGGAUUCUCUCGAUGCUAGAUCGGAACCGGAAGCUGAAGCUAGCGCCGGAGCGAUGGCAGGACAGUGUGGUGGGGGUGGCGGAUGUGGUGAUCACCUGUGAGGAGCGCUGCUUUGAUGCGGUGUGCGAUGAUCUGUUUAGUCGAGGGGGCGAGCUGAACAAGCCGGUCCAUCUGAUCAACAUCGAGAUCAAGGAUAACCAUGAGGAAGCUAGUCUGGCGGGGAAGGCCCUCUUGGAUCUCUGCAAUGCUAUCGAGGCUUGCAAGGAUCUCGACAGUGAUCUCGAAGAGAUUCUCGAGAAACAGAUGGAGAAACAUCCUCAUCAACUCAUCCAUACUGUUGGAUAUUAUUAGGCCUUCCCUCCCGGACCCUAUUAUUUCUUCUAGAGUCUUGUUCAAUUGCUCUGUUUCCUCUAUUAUUGAUAUUUUAGUUUUCUUCAUGUAUAUCAUCACUCAUCAUUUAAGAUUCGUCAGUUGUAUGUCCCAUACCCUUCCAGCACCAUUAAGCCGCAGACUGUUUUGUUGUCCAGGAAAUCCACCAUCUUGCCAAUAGUUAUUUUAGUUGAUAUUUUGGGA